AUGCCUUUAAUAGCAGACUUUGCCCGCCGAUAUCUUGCCGAGCAGCAGACUCACGAAGUGGAAGAAGUGGACAGGGCAUCAGUGAGACGUAGCACAAAAAGAGCGGUCAGGCCACUGUGGCGAUUGGGACGCUGUCAGGAGUCGCAUGUUCACUUUUUUCUGUUGGUUGUUGCACAAUCGAGCCCGAAACUUCUUUGUGGAAUGUCUCCUGGAUCUGAACACAGUGAAGAUGAAGAUGUUCUGGAUGUGUUUUCGAGGUUCGACAGUUCGACAAGGGAUGAAUAUAUACUUACAAGAGCUCGAGAUUUGUGUGCCCAUUAUUUAGGAGGAGCGUGGGAGCAUGUGGAUAUAUCGAAGUUCUCAUUAUCUAAGAUGAGUGGAGGUCUAACAAACUUGGUGUUUCGGUGUUCACUUGCUCCCGAAGUUCCCAUCAUGGGGAUUGAGCCAAGGACAGUACUACUUCGAAUUCAAACAGGGACGGACACUUUGCAACUGAUGAAAGAAGUUGCCAUUUUCACGUCCUUAAAUGCUCAUGGAGUCGGCCCGAAGCUGUUAGGUAUAUUUCCUGGGGGGAGAAUUGAGGAGUACCUUCCCAGUCGAAUGCUCUCAAAGGAAGAGAUGUACGGCAAAUUCGUCGCUUCUGUGGCAGCUUUGAAUGCACAAAUUAACAACAUCGAAAUGCCUUUACCGAAGUCUCCUCAAAUGGUUCCUCUAUGUCGAAUUUGGCUUGCCAAAUACGUAAAAAAUGGAGGUGGACCCAUUGUCUUGGAGAACACAGCUGUAGGCGGUCAUGUAGAAUUUCCGGAUGUCCUGACCAUUGAGCAGCUCGAGGAAGAAAUCAACGAAGUAGAACGGUUCUUGGAAAGCCAGCAGUGUCCUUCAGUUUUCUGCCACAACGAUCUUGUGCCUUCAAACGUCCUUCUACGGGACGCCAAAGAAAAAAAUUUCAAGAAAGAUGAGGACAGAUUGGUUAUAAUCGACUUUGAAUUUGGCUGUUACAAUCACAGGGCAUAUGAAAUCGCAAACAAUAUCGUUGAACAUGGCAUGACAUAUAAUCUCACUACACAUCCUUUCUAUGGGAUAGAUAUUCAGUCAAUGGAAGACAAAGAUUUCUGUCGAAGAUUUUGCAGCGCAUACUUGGAUCAGUUGUAUAAGAAUUAUGGAACCCCUUCGGAACUGCAAAGACAUUCUUUGACAGGAAGACGGGAGGAGGAUCUCGAGCGGCUAAUAGCCGAAGCUAGACGUUAUAUGCCUCUUCCACAUCUGUUCUGGGGAAUCUGGAAUAUCUUAUGUGUGCAGGAACUCGGUGUGAUUGACGGGAUUGACUUUUUGACACACGCUAAGGAUCGGCUAGUCAUGUAUUUUAAGUUCAAGUCUAACUUAUAUAAAUACUAA